CGCAGCGAGACAUUAUAGCGUCAUACCGUGCGACGACAAGUUCUGAGAGAGAGGCUCUGUUAUUGCUCGUUUCUGGAGUACUUUCUAAGAUUGGAUAUGAUUCUUAGGUUAUUUGGAAAGCGGCGAUUUUAGUAAUUUUUUUAAAAAAGUAAUCGGAUGUCUGCGCAUCCGCUUAUGUUGACGUUUUAAGUAAAUUUUGAACAUUGUUCGCGUUCUGAAGCAGGAAGAACUUUGAACGAUCCGUCGGUGGCCUAUUUUGAAUGUAACCCCGCGCUUAAAUUGAGGAGCAACGGUAACCCAUCGCUCUUUUGCAAUGUUAUUAACAUGCUUUUAAUUUAGGAACAGUGACAAAAAAUAGCCAUCGGUAAUUAGGCUACAAUCACACAAUUGUAAGUUAUACUUAACGUCAUAUUAAUACUUUAUAGGUACAAGGAUGGCUCCGUCAAGGGAGCCAUGGAUAGAGAAUAUGAUAAUCAACCACGGCACAGAAAAAGAGAAAAAUAUCGCAAAUCUUAAAGCCCGCGUUAUUGCGGUGGGUAAAAUGACGAAUUCCCAGGCGCUGGGGGUGCAAGGCCCCCCACAGUUGCUUUUUCUUUCCGAUGGAGUGGUCCAGAUUCCUGCGAUCUUGACCGACACUGCGUGGGAAAACCUCCAGGAAGACGAAGAAAGAGAAUGUUUCUCCAGCCUUGUCAACACUACGGUGUGUCUGCAGACCUAUAGUCUCCAGUUUUAUAUGGCCCCCGAGAAGAGAAAGAGCAAAUUCUUCCUGUUACUUAGCAACCUUGCCGCAACGGCAGCUGGUCCCAUUAAAGAGGGUCCCCCUUGCUGCACAACCCUUUCCUCUGUUAGAGUUAAGAUCAGUGACACAUGGAAAGCCUUGCAGCAUCAGAAUUUGGCUCAAACUGAAAUCAGUCAGAGUGCGAUUGACUUGACUCAGCUGCUCGGUGUGUGGCAGGAAGACUGUCUGAUGGAUUUAGUAGCGGAGGUUCGAGAAAGACUGACAGCGGCUAGGAGGACUACGUCGCAACAACCUUCUACCUCACGCGACCCACCGGCCCGGCCCUUAGGCAUGCAUGUGCGCACAGAGUGGGAUUUGGACAGGGUGAGAUGCAAGGGGGCUGAAACGUUCAGCAUACCCAUGGCUCAUCUCAUCAUCCAAGAUACAGCCGCCCUUUCCCUGAGACCGCCAACGCCACCCGGUGAAGGUAGCACCCAGCAGAGCGGGCUGAUCCCCCCCUCCGGCGGUGACCCACCGGUGCUGCACUCCACACCUGCCGCCAAGCCCAAGGCCUCCAGCAGCAGGCCCAGGGCGGAGCCCCAGGAUGUGGUCAGGGGGCGUGGCUUUGAAAAGACCCCGCCCCCUCCCCGGGGAAACUGCCACGACGAUGGCGAGGGCGUGCUCCUGGAGGAGGUGGACGCCGACCAGUCGAAUCCGUGGAACAUGUUCCCCCCUCCGUCCAAGGUGUUCUGCACCUCCUCGUCCUCCGAGACGUCCCCCGGCAUGAAACCCUCGCCCUGCCAAGAGGCUCGGCCCGACCCCGCUGUCCACCUCCAGGCCCAGUGGGAGAAGAGGGCGCUGACCCGCAACAGGGCGCCCCAGGUGGGGCCGGAUGGUGAUGUCAGCCCUACCCUGGAGCCUAGUAAAGGAGAUCAAAGCCUCAUCACACCGUACCAGAAGCCAGCGUCUCCACACUCGCCCACCGCCUCCACGUCCUCUCCUGCAGACUGCGGGGACCUCGCAGAACACAGCGCCACCCAGCCCUCCGGGGGGAAGAGCCCCGGCCCAGUAGAGGACCACCACCACCCCCCACCAGGCCCAGCGGGCGUCGCAGAGCAGGGAGGGGUACCCUGCGUGGACCUCAGCCCUCCGUCUUGGUUGUUUGAAAGUCACCCCGGCCCGGUACCUGAGCCACGCCGCAGCUCCCAGCAGGACAGGGUGGCGGGUGGGGGCACUUACUCCCCCGUGGUCCACGGCGACGGAAGCAGCUUCUCGUAUCGUUACAAAGUCUCUGUGAAAACUGUCAUGGACCUGAGCAGGUUUAGAGUGGCGGACGAUCACCUCAACUGGGCAGUGAAGUAUCUGGUCGUUCCCAGGCACACGGACAUUAACCACAUGUAGAUAUACUAAACCAGCCCCUUUUGUGUUUUGUAAAUAGUUGGAUUGUAAAAAUGUUUAUUGAUAGAAUCUAUCUUUAUUAACUGCUGGGCAAAACCCUCACGGAAUUCAAAGUUACAGUCCAUGGGCCAUUACUAUGCCUAAACGUUUUCCCCUGUUACAUGGAAUAUACAGCUUGUUAUUUUACAAAUAUUAUGUAACACCAUAAUUGUUUCUAGUUCAAUGGGACCUGUUUUUUAAUUUGGUAUACAUGUAUUGAAUAAAAUUGCUUUGUUAACUUAA